GCGCCCGCGCUGGCUGUCUCUGGCCACGUCCCCGGGCCACGUCGCUCGGUGCCCGCUGCGCGCUCGCCAUCUUCGGCUCGGUCCCCGGUUCGUCUCCCGCCGCCGCCGCCAUGAACGUCUUCCGCCUCACCGGGGACCUCUCCCACCUGGCGGCCAUCAUCAUCCUGCUGCUGAAGAUCUGGAAGACCCGCUCGUGCGCCGGUAUAUCUGGGAAAAGCCAGCUCCUCUUUGCACUGGUGUUCACCACUCGAUACCUGGAUCUCUUCACUUCAUUCAUUUCAUUUUAUAACACUUCUAUGAAGCUAAUCUACGUUGCUUGCUCAUACGCUACAGUCUAUCUGAUCUACAUGAAAUUUAAGGCUACCUACGAUGGGAAUCACGAUACAUUCAGAGUCGAGUUUCUUGUGGUUCCAGUCGGCGGACUCUCUUUUCUGGUCAAUCAUGACUUCUCUCCUCUAGAGAUCUUGUGGACUUUCUCCAUCUACUUGGAGUCCGUUGCGAUUCUUCCCCAACUUUUUAUGAUCAGUAAAACUGGGGAAGCGGAGACCAUCACUACUCACUAUCUUUUCUUUCUGGGCUUGUACCGUGCCUUGUACCUUAUCAACUGGAUUUGGCGUUACUAUUUUGAGGGGUUCUUCGACCUCAUAGCUGUGGUGGCUGGGGUGGUCCAGACUAUUCUGUACUGUGACUUCUUCUAUUUGUACGUUACAAAAGUACUCAAAGGGAAGAAGCUCAGUUUACCAGCAUAAGCGCCAAGGGAGGUCACCCCCAUCUGUCAUCCUGGAUGCGCAGACAGAACAGUCCUGACCUUCAAGAGGCUGAAGAUGCUUGAGCAGACGGCCUCCCCCUCUUCUUGCAGAGAGUCAUCCGUGGGCUCUGUAGGACCAGAGAACCAGCUGACUUCUGUUUGACGCAUCUUGCCUUUUCUCUUUUUUUAUUACUAUGUAUAAAGAUUUUUUACAUGAGAGAAACUUAAUACUGUGUGGAUUUAAUUCAGUGUGUAGUUUCAAUUGGAACAGUUCCAAAAACAGUGAGGUUAUUUUUGGGGGGGGGGGUUCUUGGUGAUCAGGAAUGAGCGCAAAGGCUUAUUUUCAAAAGAUUCUCUUUAAAUGGUUGACUUAUUUUGGUGCGCACAGGCCUGUGCUGACUGAGGGAUGGUAACUGUUCUUUCCUGUUUGAUUUCAAAUUUCAUUCCACUGUAUUUAUUUUCCUCCUUUCCCCCACAAGCGUUGAGUGUUUCGUGCCAGCUGAAAUCAAACUACAAGUGUCGGAAAAUUCUCAUGGAAAAGAUGUCACCGUUUCACAAAUUCUUCGAAUUGCCCAUUUUCUUUCUCUUUCCACAAAUAGUGUCUGCUAAUGAAUACUUUCCUCUACCUCUGUUCACCUCCUGAAGACAUUACAGUAGCUUAAGACUGUUUGGUGCCAAUGCAGUUUUUUUCCCCCCAAUGUAGUGGUUUAGCAUUUUCCAUGUGCCUCUUUCAGACUAAAAUUAUUCCUCAUUUUUUGGAGGGGGGGUUUCAUAAGCGGUUUUCUAUUCACAGCAGCAUUAACCCUACCCCUGCAAUCGUCCAGUUGAAGUAAUCUCUAUGUGGCAAUUUUUAACAAGGUCUCCAACUUUUUUAAUACAGAAUCCUUUUACAAGCACUGUCUUUGUUUAGCUUUCCGGCAAUUUUAGAUGUGCCAGUUUUGAACAAUUAAUUGUCACUUUUAUAGACUUGUUCCUGAAUCGGCAGCACCAAGUUCUGUUCUCUAGCUUCCCUUUUUUACUGAGCUGUUGCAUGAUUUAUCCUGUGUUACCAUCCUAAAUAAACGUUUUAUGAAGUGGUU